AUGUACCCGAGCCGCCUCGUAGCGGUUGCUGCUACUGUUCUGCUUCAGGCCGGCGACAGAGCCUUUGCGUUCAUUGCCCGAAGUUCUGUUGCUGCUGUUGCUGGACAACUUGCACUAAAGAAGGUCCCGCUGAUGAGGUCCCCAGUGCCCACCAUGUCGGGAAGAGAUCAACACGCCGAAGUGAUCGUGGUUGGCUCCUGCAACACGGAUCUGAUGACCUACACAUCUCGACUACCUAGCCGGGGAGAAACCAUCACGGGAAGCCGCUUCGAGACUCACAAUGGCGGCAAGGGGGCCAAUCAGGCCGUGAUGGCUAGGCGCAUGGGGGUCGGCGUGGCGAUGGUGGCCUGUCUGGGCGACGAUUGGUACGGAUCUGACUACGUCAAGAGCCUCUGCGACGACGGGAUAGACUGCGGGAGCGUCCGCCGGGAUGCGGGAGCUGCUACCGGUGUUGCUCAGAUCUGCGUGGAGGAGGCAGGCGGAAGCGAGGGGGGUGGUGGAGGGGGAAACUUCAUCGUUAUCGUGCCCGGGGCAAAUUAUCUGCUCUCCCCCGAAGACGUGGCCGCUGCAACGAACAGGCUGAAGGACGCCAAGAUUAUUAUGUGCCAGUCGGAGGUGCGACCAGAGGCCACCCUGGCGGCACUGGAGCGUGGACGGGCGGCGGGGAUGACGACGAUCUUUAACCCUGCACCGGCGCAAGCCGACCUCCCGGAUAGGUAUCUCGAGCUGUCGGAUAUACUGUGUCCGAACGAGACCGAGCUGGCGCUGCUGUGCAAGGGGGACAUCGACCCGGAGGACGAUGAGAGCGUCAUAGCUGGGGCGAGGGAGCUACUCGCGCGAGGCGCCAAGAACGUGGUGGUGACUCUGGGGAGUAACGGUUGCAUGCUGGUCUCCUCUACCUCUGAGGGGUGCCAGCGGUUCCCGGCAGACAAAGUGUACGCCACAGACACCGUUGGGGCCGGCGAUGCCUUUCUCGGCUCUCUAGGGGCGUACCUCGCAAGAGGAAUGGCAUUGGAGGACGCUAUUGGAAAGGCGGUCAGGGUGGCGUCUGUGACCGUAACGCGUGCCGGUGCGCAGCCAAGCUAUCCGCAAGGGGGUGAUCUUCCACCAGACCUCCACCUACCUCCAUGCUAGACAUGUAUUGACGCCAGCACGCUGCUGUUAAGUGUAGGAACGUUCGCGUAGCAUCGAGUGCCUCGAUCUUUGGCGCUUUUUCGCGUUUGAUUCUGUGUUCUUUCGAUCGACAAGGCAGCGGCGGAGUGAUUGUCCCAACAUCAUUAUGGGUGCUGUGGUAUAUUUCAGCGCGUACGUUGUAACGUUUUCCUGGUGCGUCCGUCGGCGUGAGGUACAUACUCUUGCGGCAAAGAGGUGUGGGUUUCUGCCCACAAUCCG